GCCAUGGACCAGGACCACAAGAGGCUAGUACUCCCGUCGCCGGCGCCGCAGUCCCCGCCGGCAUCCGCCGCGUCGGCGUCGACCACGGCCUCGCCGUACUCCGCGCUACACCCUCUCCUCUUGCCCUCCCCGAACCCGCACCUCUUCCUGAAGCCCAAGACGCUAACUCUCUCCCUCUCGUCCUCCUCCCUCACCUCCAUGUCCUCCUCCUCGCUGCCCGCCCCCGUCACCGAUGUCUGGGAGGUCGUCACCCCCACUGCCCCAUCUGUUGACCACGUGGACGGCGGGCUUGAUGACUGCGCCAUCUUCCCGCCGCGGCUGCAUGAGGGGCUGGGCCUGGACGGCGAGCCCGAGGAGGUCCCGCCGAUGCCAGCAGUGGCGAAGGAGGAGAACGAGGAGGAUGGUGAAUACGAGGGGGAGGACGAUGAGUGGCUGUGGGGAUGGGAGAGGUGCAGCUUGGCGGCGAGGCGCGCUUGGGCGGCCGGUGUCGGGAUCGUUCAGGAGCGGGUGCUCGUGCAUGGCGCGUGUGGGUGCCCGGCGGUGAGGCCCGCCGUGUGGUCGGUUGCGGUGGCGGCUGCUGUGGUGGGGACACUUCUGUACGCCCGUCGGCGGGAUAGGAGGGAACGGGACCUGCUCGUGCUUCUCUCCAAAGAGAAGGAUAAGAGGAUAGCACAACUCUUGCAUCAAAUUGCUUUAAUGAGUGACAUCAGAAGCGGCAAUGAAGCAGUGAAGGUUAUCAGGAAGUCCUAAUCAUUUUCACUGUUGAAGGGUUCAGUUGCUAUGUUGUAGCAAACUGAUUAGGUAGUUAGGGAAUCGGACUAGUGGGUUUGCAGGUUCAAUACUUGUAGCUAAAUUGUAGUUUAGCUGCAUGAUCUUCACGGUUCUGAUGUUUGCGUAUAACUAGAUGCUGAAACCUGCAAGGUUGCAACACAAUCUCAACUCAAGCAAUCAAAAGGGACUUAAAGGAAUGGAAUAUACCAACGGAGUUAUGCUUGGAUAGAAGUGCUUGUAAAGAAGCUAUCCACGUGCCCGAACCGUGAUUAGGUCUUUUUUCCUUUUAGUGCUCUCAAAAGAUUUUUCCAUCUCCUUUCUCUCUUUUUUUUUGACAUCUUGUUGGGUUUCAACUCUAACAUACCCUAACUUGUUUGGAACUAAAAGUCUAUGUUGAUGAUGUAGAUGUGUAGAAUUGUUGUUGAUGUCGACAACCUGGACAAUGCUCUGUAUAUGUAUCUUCCAUUUAUUGCUUUGUGAUUCCCAUCAUC